CCUCCCCAACCCCCUUCAAGCCGCCACCCCAAGCCUUCUUCAUCGGCCUCCCAAAUUCCCAAUCUCAUUCGACUCGAGGCCAACUUCGCUCACUGCGGUGCCGUUCUCGGUACUGCAACACAACCUUUGCGCACAGUGGCCGCCGCGACCUCUAAUGGCCUCUUAACGGGCCGAGCCGACCCCUCACUCCCUCUCCGUUCGGGAACAGCGCCGCCUGGGACUCGCCGCGAAGAUGCUGAGCGGCGCCGCCAGCCGGGCCAGGCCGAGGCUGGGUAACCUCUUCCUCUCGCCCACGACCACGAUGGCACCGCUAGCACCACUAGCGUCGCCGUCGGUGUCAAACGCGGUCGGCCGCCGGCUGAGGUCCACGUCCUCCCUGCUGGGCUUCUCUGAACUGGCCCGAGAGCGCUCCAAGACGGUGACGUCGUUUUACAACCAGUCGGCCAUCGACGUCUCCGCGGAGAAGGCCUCGGUGCGACUCACUUUAGCCACUUUGCUGUAUGCCGGAAAGUCACCAGACGGACACCACAUCCUGAGCAGUGCCAAGUACCUGCACAAGGAGCUCCCAGUGCGCAUCGCCCACCGCAUCAAGGGCUUUCGCAGCCUGCCCUUCAUCGUGGGCUGCAAUCCCACCAUCCUGCAAGUGCACGAGCUCUACAUUCGAGCAUACCACAUGCUCAGCGACUUCCCCCCUAUUGCCAACCAGGAGGCGGAGGCGGGCUUCUGCAAGCUGGUGCAGCAGUUGCUGGACGACCACAAGGAUGUGGUCACCAUGCUGGCUCAGGGCUUCAGGGAGUGCCGCAAGCACGUGCAAGACGAGACCAUUCUCCGCGCUUUCCUGGACACCACGCUGUGCUCUCGUCUGGGAAUACGAAUGUUAGCCACUCACCAUCUGGCCCUGCACCAAGAUAACCCUGACUUUGUGGGCAUCAUCUGCAGGCGUUUAUCCCCCAAGAAGAUCAUUGAGAAGUGGGUGGACUUUGCCAGGCGUCUGUGCGAGCAUCAGUACGGCAACGCUCCCCUAGUGCGCAUCAACGGCCACGUGGCGGCGCGCUUCCCCUUCAUCCCGCUGCCGCUUGACUACAUCCUGCCCGAGCUGCUCAAGAACGCCAUGAGGGCCACCAUGGAGAGCCACUUGGACACGCCCUACAACAUCCCUGACGUGGUGGUCACCAUCGCCAACAACGACACCGACUUCGUCAUCAGGAUUGCGGACCGCGGUGGCGGCAUCCCGCACAGCAUCAUCAACAAGGUGACAGAUUAUCACUUCAGCACGGCCGAGGAGAGUGCGCAGGACCCUCGCAUGAACAACUUGUUCAACAACAUCACCAACAGCGGCAACCAGUCCGGACCCAUGCACGGUUUCGGUUUCGGGCUUCCGACGUCACGGGCGUACGCUGAAUAUCUCGGAGGCUCGCUGUCCAUCCAGUCCAUGCAGGGCAUCGGCACCGACCUCUACUUGCGUCUGCGCCACAUCGACGGCAAGGGCGAAAGCUUUCGAGUGUAAUCCCUCCCACCGCGCCUUUGCCAUUUCUGCAAAAUUUUCCCCUCUUUAUUGGUAUCCACCUUCCUCAAAUUGGCCGUAGACGGAUUAUAAGCUAUGUUAGCUCUUGAGUUGAGGACUUGACUCUUGCUUCUUGUAGCCGGUUUUUGGAUUAGUUUGUUGAGACAAAAACUGUGCAUGAUGGCCAUGGUGGCAAAAAAAAGUUACUCAUAAUAGACACUCCAGCAAAGAAGAACGUUUAAGGAAGAUGAAGGAUCAAUGGAGCAGCCAUUAAAAAAAGAUUUUUUUUGUCCAAGAUUUUUUUGGGGGUGGCACAACCAUUUGCCUUUUUCAUCGUGCCCAUUUUUGUUGUUUGUUGCUAUUGGCUUUUUGAUGCGUUUGCGUUGCACAACCGCAGAAGUAUUUUUACCUUAUAUUUGUUUCGUUAUAAGCAAACAAGUUUGAAGAAUUUUGUCUUACAAGGA